AUGGAAGCAAAUAAUUCCCUUUCAUGGAGUACUGCAAAAUCCAGCCUUGAAAGAAAGCUCAAGCUGUUCGGAAUCGAGCUCGAUUCCGAUCAAAUUAAUAAUAAAAAUAAUAAUUCUCUUGAUCAAGGAGAUGAUCGGAGCCUGAAUUCUUCGUCGGCGUCCUCCACCGUGACGGAAAAACCAGACUCCGCCGGCGGCGAGAGAUCCCGAUUCGAGUGCGGUUACUGUUACAAGAAGUUUGGGAAUUCUCAGGCAUUGGGAGGUCACCAGAAUGCACACAAAAAGGAGAGGAUGAAGAGGAAGAGGAUGCAGCUUCAGGCAGCCAGAGCCACCCUCGAUUAUUACAUUCAGCCAUUUCAUAGUUGCAGCAAUGGCGUCCGUCACGGCGGCGGCGGCGGUGGCGGAGGUGAGUGUUUUUCGAGUAACUGUGAAUACGCUUGCUCCGGUGCUCCGGCGUGGUUCUAUGAUCCGUCACGGCGCCUUCCCGACGCUCCGAUCUAUCAGGAAUCGCAGAUCAGCUUUGGAUCCUACGGUCAGGAUUGCGCCGCGGUGAACAGCCCGGUGACGCUUACGUAUGACGACGGGGGACGAGAACCGGGCCGGUUCCGUGUUCUGGACUGGCCUAGGGAUUGCGAGUCCCGGCCCCUCGGGACUACGAAGAAGAUUUGUAAUAGGAAUAAUUUAGAUCUUCAAUUAGGGCUGAGCAUAAAUUAA